GAUGCCUGCGUUACAAAGUGCAUCAUGGUGCUAUAGUGAGGGAGGCUUUUUAAAACGUACUGAUUGAAUUUUAAUGAGCAUCUUGUCCAUGUAACCUGGCAUUUCCUCCUCCAAGCAGGGAAGAGCUGCGUGGGUGAGCUGCAGGUACCGAUAAAGAGCCAAACUCCAAGCUAAAAUCUCGCAGAAUUACCCGGCCGAUGGUCUCCUGAGUAACUAAAACCCGAAUGAAUCUGUCGCCCCGCGCGAGGCCUGACAUGAAGCUAUCAAUCUGUAUGAUGGGAUCUCGGAGCCCAUCCAGCACGGGGCAGCCAUCCCAGGAGCUCAACUUCUUCAAUGAAGCAUGUGAUGGUUCUGCUGUUGCCGCUGUCACAUCCAUGCUCAUGUGAAGUUAACACACAGUUUGGUCAUGAAUCUCCAGCAUGUGGCGCUUGCUGAAUGAACAGGCCAACAACAGUGACUCUAGACUCAAACCCUCAAAAGCUGGUUACUGUACGCUUCCUGUAUUGGUCGUCAAACUUCGGCACUGGAUUAAAGAGACCAGACGGUGGGUCGGACUCGUACAGAGCUCGUCAGCAUGACUACUUCGUUGUUCCCCACAAAUAGGCCAUACUCAUCCAGCCCACCCAAGUAGGCUGUAACUUAACAAUGGCAGUUUACAAAUACAGUUUGAUAUCAUCCAAUUUGUUCCAAAAUCCCCAAACUUGUCUCAAGAAACAGCAUAUAAACGUCACUGUCUACUCAGAGAUUUCCGGAUUUUUGCUCCCUCAGCACGCUACUAAAAUUUGCAGAACAUGCAAUUUUCAGCUGCUAGAGGUGUCGUCUACGGUUUUCUGCCAGUUCUUCUUCCAUGUGGCACGCCAUGCUCGGUGCGUAAUGAGUGAUAAGAUGACUUUCCAUCCACCAGUUUUUAAUCCUCAUUUUCAGUUGGCAUACAGGGGAAAAAAUGCUGUGUGAAAAUGCCAGAAAUUCAAAGGAGUUGAAAUAUUGCAAAAAUUUGUACUGAUUUUUUUUAAACGAAAUACUACAAAGUGCAAUAUAAACAGAUUUACACUCACAAUGAAGCACCUGACUUCCACUGAAGCUCCCGCUCCACUGAAGAGAUGGCAGACAAGAUAUGUGUGGACUGGUACCGUGUCCUGCUCAUACCUCCGGUCCAGACUGUCUUGGUGCUUCCCCUGGACUUUUGAGUCUGAGACUAUCCUUCAGCGUUCAUGUGGAUUGAGGGAGCAAACAUUCGGCGUCAGAGCUAAAGGUGCUACAAGUUCACAUCCACUCCUAGCUGGCACACCCAGGGUGAGCGGAGGGCUGGGGGUACCAGCCAAAAACCAUCUGCAACCUGACAGCAUGAGGAAAAUGUCCAGAAAAACAGCAGCAGUGAGGCUACAAGGGGGUCCAACUCAGUCCAUGGCCGACGCUGCCACACUCAUGGUUUGUUUUCUGCAUGACGGCGGUUUGGAUGGAGUCAUAGCACAUUUGCAGUUGCAUCACGACAUCAAGCCAGAACUCACACCAUUGUGCCUCCUUUUUCCUUGACCUUGGCCUCCCCACCUCCCGCUGUGGUAUCCCAGAGGCCCCCGGGGCACCCGGCCCUCCCCCCUCCUCCGGCCCCACCUCCACAGGAAAGCCCCCAGACUGCCGCCAAAUACCUCCACAGAUUCUUCCCCUCGCUCAGACGCGGCAAGAGGCCCCUCGCGGCUUCGCCCUCACUCCCACCGCAGGCCUCGGAAAUACCCGAGAUCCCUGACCGCGGUCGCCGCUUAUCUGCUCCACUUUGAAGGAAAUUCGCUGCCAGGAUCUUAACGCCCUUUUUAGAUCAGCGCUCGAGUCGGAGCUUUUAGAUGCUGACGUGAUCUGUUCACGGAUGUAACCCGCACACAAAACCAGGAAAGACGCGUCGAGGGACUGUAACAAAAGCUGCUACGUCCACGUUUGUGGUGGUUUUCCAGCUGAAUUGGAAGAGUUGCUGUGAUACCAUUUAUUAAGUAAAUAAAAUAAAUGGUUUCCAAUGA